AUUUGGGGGUGUUUGUCCCCUUGGUUUUGGGGGGGAAAAAAAAAAAGCAAAUCAUUGGAAAAAGGUGCAGAGGGUUUAAUCUGUUAACGUCACGCUGCGUGUGGCAGUUCUGGUACCGUGUUCAGCCUCGCUUUUCGUAUCUGUGUCGAUACGUGUAAUUUCGUGGAACAGACGAGUCCAGUGGUAUUUGAUGGGAUUUUAGACUUCAUUGCGCGCACAAAACGCUCCUGCCCAGCCCAGUGGGCGAGCACGCGUUUGCGUUCGUGAGCCGCGGUCACUGCUGCUGUUGUUCUUGCACCGAGAUUGUUCCUGUUUCUUCCUAGAUGAGCAACAAUACUAAUAAGAGAGCACCAACCACAGCAACGCAGAGACUUAAACAGGACUACCUUCGAAUUAAAAAAGAUCCAGUGCCUUAUAUUUGUGCUGAACCUCUCCCAUCAAAUAUCCUUGAAUGGCACUAUGUUGUACGAGGACCUGAAAUGACUCCGUAUGAAGGUGGCUAUUAUCAUGGGAAACUAAUUUUCCCCAGAGAAUUUCCCUUUAAACCUCCUAGUAUUUAUAUGAUAACUCCUAAUGGAAGGUUUAAGUGUAACACAAGGUUAUGUCUUUCAAUCACUGAUUUCCAUCCUGAUACAUGGAAUCCAGCUUGGUCAGUCUCCACAAUCUUGACAGGCCUCCUUAGUUUUAUGGUGGAAAAGGGCCCCACAUUGGGGAGCAUAGAAACCUCAGAGUUCACAAAAAGACAACUUGCUGCACAGAGCUUAGCGUUUAAUUUAAAAGAUAAAGUCUUCUGUGAGCUGUUCCCUGAAGUGGUGGAGGAAAUCAAACAAAAACAGAAAGCACAAGAAGAGCUCAAUAAUAGACCUCCAACCCUUCCGCUACCAGAUGUUGUCCCCGAUGGGGAAGCACACUAUGGUCAAAACGGGGUACCACUUCUUAAUGGGCAUGUACCACUGGCAGCUGCCAAUCAUCCAGAUCUCCAACAGGCCAACCGUAACCAUGGACUCUUAGGAGGAGCUUUGGCGAACUUGUUUGUUAUAGUUGGUUUUGCAGCCUUUGCCUACACAGUCAAGUAUGUACUGAGAAGCAUAGCGCAAGAAUGAGGAACAUUACAGAAAUCCAAGACCAAAUUAGUGGUAGUUGCAGAAUGAGUGGGACUCUUUGGGCAUCAGACUUUGACACUGGGAUAAAUAUUUGUGCUACCAGGAUGCAGGUAAAAUACUGGUUGGCUCAUGGGUUUAGUUUGAAGCACGUGCAGUUUGUCAGAAAGGAGAAAAAAAAAAAGACGUUCUGCUCUCAAUUCCUGUUGUCCUCACUACAGUUCAGUAGUGACUCACUGGCAAGUCAAAGCAUUAUUGAUGAGACGUGGCAUUUUUAGUGCUUUGAUUUUUAUAGCACUUACCCAUUCUCUUUUCAGAAAUUAAAAACCUUUUAAGGAAAUAAGGCUUUUUAUGAGAUUGAACAAUUUUUAAAAUGAUAUUUGAAGACGCAUCAUAUGUUCUACGUGAAACUUAGCUGGGAAUUUCAUUGCAAAGGGUCAGGGUGUAUACAUUUGGAAUGAGUAAAAUGCAAGUUUCCUCACUAUUUUGGAAGGGCCUGGUUUAUUGUGAACAUCUGUGCUACAGAAAGUAGCUGGUACAUUUUAUAAAAUAGAAUGGACAUCAUUGCAUAUCUAGUCGAUACUAGUGAUUAGAUUAAUUGGAAAGGAACGCUGAGCGUGUUGGUUAAAUGUGUUUUCAAAAUCGUCACGGUAAAACUUAAGAAGGUUCAAUUUGGGCAAAGGGAAGCGCAAUUGCCAGCCUUUAAAGGCUGUUGGCCAGCAAAAAGCAUUAAUUAGUCUUGGUGUUUUUUGCAUUUAUUUAGUAAAAAUUAUGGUUUUUACAUUUUGGAAGUUCUUGUCAUUUAAGUGAAACAAGCUAUUUUAUUUUUGACCACAAGGUGCCACUGUUCAGUUUAAGAUUAGUCUGCAAAGAAUGAAGAGUUUGUUACAUUUUCAGAAGAAACAUCUCUGGAUUUCUUGUAUUUGGGUGUUUUUGGUAAGUGAAAUGGCAUUACCCUGAGGCUGUAAAGAGGCUGACUACCAAACCAGCUUCUUACAAGACAAGUGGAUUCUUCUGAAAGGCCACUCACUACAGUAGACUUGUACUCCAUACAUGCAGUCAGCACUGCUUACCUUGACUGACCCUAUUUUCAAACUCCAUUACCAAAAAAAACCUUAACUGUAAGAGGCUUUUUGUUUUGUCUGAAUUUUAUCCUUUUUUUGCUUCUAUUACAUUAGUUUUGCUAUUGCCCCAUCAGCUGACUAACAGUUAAAUUCCAUUGGAUGGUAAUGAGGUUAUGAUUAUAUAAAUAUGCACUAAAACUACUAGUGUAGUUUGACAAUCUGAAAUGUUACUUUUACAGCU